AUGCCGAAAGAAGACCCAGAAACUACUGCAUUAAAGAAGGAAUUGACCGAUUUAAUCGAUAAAGUGAAGGCAGAGCAACAAAAAGUCGCUGAUGCCAAAUUAGCCGAAAAAUGUGGUGAUCUUGGAGAUGUACCUAAAAUAAGACUUUCUACAAAGAAGACCUUAAAAGGACACAUCAAUAAAGUGAAUUCCGUUCAUUACAGUGGGGAUUCUAGGCAUUGUGUAACUGGGUCCCUGGAUGGGAAGCUGAUAAUCUGGGACACCUGGAGUGGCAACAAAGUGCAAGUUAUACCGCUGCGCUCAGCUUGGGUCAUGAGCGUCGCUUUUGCACCUUCUGGAAACUUUGUUGCCUGCGGUGGUAUGGACAACAUGUGCACAGUAUACGACGUAAAUAAUCGAGAUUCUACCGGGGCAGCUAAGAUGGUGCGAGAGCUAGCUGGUUAUGAAGGCUUCCUCAGCAGUUGCCGCUUUCUGGAUGACACACACAUUCUAACGGGAUCAGGUGAUAUGAAAAUAUGUAUUUGGGACCUAGAAGUUGGCAGAAGAAACAUGGAAUUUGAUGCUCACGCCGGAGACGUCGUCACCAUUUCUUUGGCUCCAGAUAUGAAAACUUACGUGACAGGUUCAGUAGACAAAACCUGUAAGCUUUGGGAUGUCAGGGAGGACAAAGCCAAACAAACAUUCUUUGGACACGAAGCAGACGUCAACAGUGUUUGCUACCAUAAUAGCGGACAAGCCUUUGCAACGGCAUCUGAAGACAAAACGGCUCGCCUAUUCGAUAUCCGCAGUGACCAGCAACUUGGCCAUUACACUCCUCCAGGCAGCUGUGGGUUUACUAGCUGUGGUCUUUCAUUGAGCGGACGCUACUUGCUGGCUGGUUCAGAUGACAACUCUGUACACUCCUGGGACACGCUUAAAGUCUCCCACACAGGAACUCUGAAUGCCCACGAAAACCGCGUGACCUCCAUUUCGUUUGCUCCCAACGGCGUCGCUUUAGCUAGCUGCUCCUGGGACCAAAGCGUCAAAGUUUGGGGCUGA